AUGGCUUCAAGGGUGGACAUAAUAGUUUUCUUGUGUUUUCUCCAUGCUUGCAACAAUUUCGCCGAAGCCAACUGGGGAUUAUCUACAAAAGAAGAGUUGGAAUUCAAGAAGCAACUUGUAAAUCUUAAGAAGUCUGCAAUUAAAAGCAUUCAAACAGGAGAUGGAGAUAUAUACGACUGUAUUGAUUUCUACAAACAACCCGGCUUUAAUCACCCUUUUUGGAAGAAUAUUACAUUUGAGAUGAAACGUAAGUUGUUUGAAGAAGCAAGGACAACCAAUUUGAAUUCACUAUUAAAUACUGGGCUUAAAGGCAUAGGGUGUCCUUAUGGAACAGUUCCGAUUAGGAGAGUCCGUAAAGAUGACUUGUAUGCAAUACUUCGAACAAAAGUUGAUCCCAAUAGAAAGCUUGAUGGAAUUGAAUCAUACUUUCGCUUCGUUAACCCAAGAGGAAUUACUGGAUCCCAGUAUAGUGCAUUUCGGAUGACAGUUUCAAACGAUCUUGACAGUAUAAAAACAGGUUUUACGGAAAUACGUGGCGGACCAAAUUCAACAAAAUUUCUUUGGACAUUGUACUUCAAUGACCAAAAUUCCGUAGUUGGUUUUUGGCCCCCGACUCUAUUUGGCAAAUUAAGUGAGUUCGGCAAUCAAGCUGACUGGGGAGGAGAAGUUUAUAGUCCAUUAGACCAACCUAGUCCCCCAAUGGGCACCGGUAUUCGUCCGCAUUCGUGGUCUUGGAACACGAGAUCUUCAUCUGUUAGUUGGCGUAUUGCUUGUGCAUAUAAGAAGGAAAAAUUUCAUUUUGUCAAUCCAAUCGAUACGGAGUUGUAUGCUUCUGAUCCACAUAUAUACAUUAUCGUAGAUGCUGGAUAUUAUAAUGAAAAGAGUGGACGUCUGAUUAUAUAUGAUGGUCCUGGUGGAAUCAAAGGAGCUAAUUGA